AUGACGUUUAUUGAGCUCUGGCAGCUAAGUACUUCUUCAAAUAACCUUUCUGAAAACUUAACCAUCUUUUUGACUAGUGUGAUGAUUUUUAUUACUGCUAUGGACAUCUUUGGAAACACCUUGGUUAUCCUAGCUAUCUUAAGGAACAAGAAACUGAGAAAUUCUGGCAACAUCUUUGUGAUUAGCUUAUCUGCAGCAGACUUGAUGGUUGGAGUAUAUUCCUAUCCUUUAGUUUCGAUUGCUACAUUUCAUAAAGAAUGGAUCUUGGGAGAGCUUCAAUGCAAAAUAUCAGGACUUGUUCAUUCAUUAAGUCUCAUAGCAUCUGUUUACAACAUCAUGGCUGUAGCGAUUAAUCGUUACUGCUGUAUCUGUCACAGCCUCAUAUAUGAGAAAGUGUACAGCAUGAGAAAUACUUAUUGUUAUGUCAUUCUUAUAUGGUUUUUCAGCAUUAUUUUGCUUUUGCCAAUUAUAUUGUUUGAUGUUUUACAAUAUGAUGAAAGAGUACAUUUCUGUGCUUUUAUAUUUUCAGUAAAUCCUUCUCUAACUAGUGCAAUGGGAGUGAUACAUUUCAUAAUACCAGUGACCAUUGUGAUCUUUUGUUAUUCAAGGAUAUGGCUGCUGGUUAUUCAAGUCAAGUAUCGUGUCAGGCAGGAAAACAAGCAAAGGUUAAAGCCUAGUGAAGUGCGCAAUUUUCUGACCAUGUUUGCAGUAUUUGUACUUUUUGCAGUGUGCUGGUGUCCAUUUAGCAUUCCAUCUUUAAUAGAAACAUUGAUUCCAAAUAGGAAGGCAACAAACUUCCCAGAUUGGGUGUAUGUGUUUGGCUACUUUACUGCAUCCUUUAACAACUGUCUUAAUGGCAUUGUCUAUGGGGUUUUUAACAAAAAUUUCCGUCAAGAAUACAAAAGAAUUCUCUUGUCAUUAUGCACCUGGAUGAAAUAA